ACCAUACACACCAAAACUUCUCUUACUUCAUUUGCCCUUUUAUAGAUUUGCAGCCAACCAAAGGCAAAAGCCCAUAAACAAGUAAAGAUAACACAAUAACAUGGCACUCAGAAUGUGGGCUUCUUCCACUGCCAAUGCACUCAAAAUCUCUUGUGCCUCCAAAGCUCACCUCUCCCCUGCAUUCUCCCUCUCCAGAUGCUUUUCCACUGUUUUGGAUGGGUUGAAAUAUGCAAAUUCACAUGAGUGGGUGAAGCAUGAAGGUUCAGUGGCUACCAUUGGCAUCACUGACCAUGCUCAGGACCAUCUUGGAGAAGUAGUCUUUGUGGACCUGCCAGAACCUGGUGGUUCAGUCAGCCAAGGCAAAGGCUUUGGAGCUGUGGAAAGUGUUAAAGCAACCAGUGAUGUCAAUUCCCCAAUCUCUGGUGAAGUUGUUGAGGUUAAUUCCAAGCUUACUGAAGCUCCUGGCUUGAUCAAUUCAAGCCCAUACGAAGACGGAUGGAUAAUCAAGGUGAAGCCAAGUAGCCCAUCAGAACUAGAAUCCUUGAUGGGUCCAAAGGAAUACACCAAAUUCUGCGAGGAAGAAGAUGCUUCCCACUAGAACUUUGUACCAUAAUUUCACUUCUGUAACGGAGUAAGGUUUCACAGCUUCUAUGUUAUUCAUAAUUAUCACAGGACAGCAAGCUCCAACUUUGCAAAAAUUUGUUUCCCUUUCUUACAUUAUAUUUUUCAAAAGCCUUUUUCCCUUCUUCUCUA